UAGCGAAGUAGGUAUUCCGUAUAUGAGUGGAUACUCCGUAAUAGGCUGGACCUCGGCCGCGAUGACGCAUUGCCGACCUGACCUGGUCGGAUCAACAGUUCCGCCGCCGGUAUCGGUGCCUGUGGCUGAAAAAGUGAGGGCGACGGAGACGAUCCAACCAGCGCACCACAAUUACUGUUAUUCACCUCCAGAUCUGGUGAUCGCCUCCACUCUUGCAGUCAUCCCUCCCUCAAUUAUCACUCUCGAAGUCGCCAGACCUCAAUUUACCAGGUCCCAAUUUCAUCCCACCACCUCACAAGUCAACCGUCCCUCACCAUGGCCCUCCCCGCCCGCACCGCGUCCCUCUCGCGCUACACCAACGAGACCAAGAUCCAAGUCUCGCUUUCCCUCGACGGCGGCCCCCUUCUCCCCUACGAGCCGACCACGCACUUCCCCGCCCCCUCAGACCCCAAGGAAGCCGAAGCCGCAAAGACCGGCAUUGUCCCACCCAAGGACAACACCCAUGCCACCCAAUUCACCCCGACACAGCAGAUCACCGUGAGCACGGGCAUCGGGUUCCUGGAUCACAUGCUGCAUGCGCUGGCGAAGCACUCGGGCUGGAGUUUGGCUGUUCGCGCGAAGGGGGACUUGUUCAUCGACGACCACCACACAGCCGAAGACACCUUCCUAGCCGUCGGCUCAGCCUUCACUGAAGCGCUGGGCGCGCGGCAAUCGCUCGUGCGAUUCGGACGCGGCGACGCCCCGCUCGACGAGGCGCUGUCGUGGGCCGUCAUCGACCUCUCGAGUCGCCCCUGGGCUGUCAUCAACCUGGGCUUCCGCCGCGAGAAGAUCGGCGACCUCAGCACCGAGAUGAUCACCCAUGGGCUGCAGAGCUUUGCGCAGGCUGCCGGCGUCACGCUGCAUGUCGGCUGCUCGUACGGCGAUAAUGAUCACCAUCGGGCGGAGAGCGCGUUCAAGGCCCUCGCUGUGGCGAUUCGCGUGGCUUGUACUAGGCGCGUUGCCGGGGAGGUCGGGAUGGGCGAUGUGGUUAGUACUAAGGGUGUGUUGUAGAUAAAAUAUUUCUUUUCCUUCCUUUCUUUUUUUUUUUUUUUUUU